AUGGAUAGUUACCGUUUAGAAGUAAAGAGUGGAAUAAGACAAUUAAAAUUGAAACUUCUAAACUACGAAGCUAUACUCCAAAAGUUAGCAGAAAUGAGAAGACUUUACCAGAGCUACUUACAUGUAAGGGACUUACCUUCAAGCAGUCCGACCAAAGAUGAAUUUUCUGACAUUGUCCCAAUUUUGUCCGAAAGUCAGCUCAGAUGUUUUGAACUGCUCCCAACAUAUCCAGAAUAUGAACGUUUGCCUGAACUCUUCCGCAAUCUCAAAAAACGUUUUUUGGUUCUCAUGUUCGAAACUUUUAUCGGAAGAGACAACAAACGUUCAGAAGAAGAACAAGAUAUUAUUUUAAACUUGUUGUAUGACUUAACCGUCAUAACAAGCUUUUUGAAGUAA